AUGGAAAAGGCCGAGGAUCGACUGAAAACAAUACUCGAAAAAUGGAAAGCUACUAAAGCAGGGGACGCUCAAUUCAGCAAAUUGGAUGUUUUCGUAAAGUUGCAAAAACCGAGUGUUUGCAGCAAAAGUUUCGUGCUUUUUGGUUUGGUUUUGGUGGGGUUUUCCAUUUUGGUAUGGUAUAAGUUGGAGGCGAUUUUAAACAAAGAGUGUUUAUUGGAGGUUCCAGGCUCCGUAUUACGACCACCAGAAUAUUGCGAAAUUUGCAGAAACGUAACAACAAUUGACAAAGUGGAAAACAUAUCCCCCGAGUCAUUUUACUACGACUACGUCAAACCUUGUAAACCUGUAAUCGUGAAAGAUGGCGCUCUAGGCUGGGAAGCAAUGAAGCUAUUCAGCUUCGACUUUUUUAAACAUGUCUAUGAAAGCCUUCCUGAGAAAAGAACAAACACAAGGUGUCAGUUUUUCCCCUAUCAAACCGAGUUUAGGUCUUUGAAAGAAGUUUUCAAUAUGAGCUCGGCUAGAGCCAAGUUAGAACCAGGAGAAAAGAACUGGUAUAUUGGUUUUAAUAAUUGUAACGACGAAGCAGGGCAAAUUUUGAAGCAAUAUUAUGAGACACCGUACUUUUUGUCUCCUAAUUUAGAAAAUAUCGCACUCAGUUGGAUUUUCAUGGGAGGACCUGGACAUGGAGCCCAAAUGCAUGUCGACAAUGUGAUCUAUCCUUCUUGGCAGGCUCAGUUAAGUGGAAGAAAAAAAUGGAUCCUGGCUCCUCCACCAGAAUGUUACUAUAAAUGCAAAGAAAUCAGUGUCAUCGUGGAACCUGGCGAAAUAAUAGCACUGAAUACGAAUCGUUGGUACCAUCAAACCUUCGUUCAACCAGGAGAGAUCAGUAUAACCAUUGGAUCAGAAUUUUUUUGAAAACAAUUUUUGAAAUCAACCUUCUAAUAUUCACAUGUUGUAUCGUAAUCAAUACAAUUUGUUUCCAAAUAAUUAUUAAAAC